AGGUUUGAGAACUGAAAUUUGUUGGAGAGGUGAACGUAUGUCUAAGAAAUGUGUGUAUUCAUUCAAGUUGGUGCUUAAAUUCUCAGAAAGUCGGCGUGUCACUGAAUUAUUUGUUACGUGUGUACCUUUUCCACUCAGCUGAGCUGCCAAGAUGGCUGCCGUGACUCUGAACUGUAAAUGUGACCGCUUGCUCUUUUAUUGGAUCGGUUGAACUUUUCGAUGUUUUUGGAAACUUAGUAAGAUUUUUGCAUGUUCGGGAAGAUGGAGAACAAACACAAUGAACUGCUGAUGUGCCAUCGAGCGAAGUUCGUGCAGUCGGUUGAAGUGGAACGGUUGUAUCCCAUACUGCAGAACUCGGGUGUUUUGAGCGCACAAGACACAGAAGAAAUCGCACGAAUAACAACUUCUCAUGGAAAGGUGGAGAAAUUACUCGAUAUUUUGCCAUCGAAAGGGAACCAAGCCUUUAAAUCGCUGUGUCUAGCACUUGAGACUACAUAUCCCCAUUUACUGACAGUAAUGUUUCUUGGUAGCAAUGUAGGUUCAUCACAGUCAACAGCAUCCCCCUAUACGUCUGAAUCUGAAGCAGAAAGUGAACACAAAAGCCCAAGAUUGGUUCUGCCUCCCACGCAGCAGUAUUGCAGUCAUGACCUUUGUGAAGAGAACGUGCGACUACUGAAAGCUGAAUCAAAGCUCAUCUCGGAUGAGAGAGAUCAGAUUAGAAGAGAACUGGAUCACUAUAAAAGAAGAGUCAUGCAACAGCAAAAUAGCGGCAGUGUCGGAAGCGUUGGGAGCAUGGAUGAUCCAGGAAUGACACCCAGGCAUCGUCAUGACAGUCACUCAAAUCGAGAUUAUGAUAGAUUGAAGGAGGAAUGUCAGAAAGCUAAAAAUGAUCUGGAAACUUUAAACAGUCUUUAUUUGGAAAUCAGUCACAAGUGUACGAACUACGCUACUGUGUGUGAGCGCCAAACUCGAGAGUUACACUCUUUUAAACAGGAGUGUUUUGAUCUAAAAGUGGAAAAGGGACGGGCACAGCAAGAUAUUGUUGACUUGAAGCAGUUACAUAAUGAUGAUAAGCGAGAACUUUCGAUGCUACGCGAGAUGAUAAAUCAUAAAGGAUCCUCCGAGGUCCUAAAUAAAAUGUACGACACAGCUUUGGAGAAAUACGAAUCAAUGAAAAAGAGCUAUGAUGAUCUUAGAAGGAGGUACUUAGAUAAAGAGGAGGAGUUGUCACGGUUACGUUCAAAGUUUGAUCUAGUGCAACAUGAACGAGAUCAAGUUGUGAAAGAUAGCAAUGACAUGAAACAGAAACUAAAGACAAUGAUAACAAAUAGGGAAGAGCUCAUACGUGAGCGUGAAAGAGAGCGGGAUCAAUACCGGGCAGGGAAAUUGAAAUCUGAUAGGCAAAGAGAUGAAGUGAGGAAAGAAAUGGACAACGCAAGGAAAGUUCUGAUACUGGCAAAGAAAGAUCUUGCUAGAGUGACUUUAGAACGAAAUGAUGCGAUCGAAGAGUAUCGGCGUGUAAUGAGUGAACGAGACGUGGUACACAAAGAGAUUGAAGCUUUGCAGGAUGAACUGCAAGCAGAAAAAAAUGCUAGGACAAAGUAUGAUGGUGUUAAAAAUUCAUCUCUCAAUGAAAUUAAAUCUUUAAAAAUUGAAAUAGCUGCUCUUAUGAAAAGCCGGGACCAGGCCAUAAAACAGAAACAGGAACUGCAAGAACAGUGUAAUGAAACAAUAAGUGAUAAGGCUGAGGUUCAGAAACAGCGAGACGAUGCGCUGAAUGAUUUUGAGAAAUAUAGGUAUGAGCGUGAUGUUGCACGUAAAGAAAGGACAGAAGCCAUUGAUGAGCGUGAUCAAAUCCUGCGGGAAUGCUACAAUGUGAAACAGCGACAGCAGUCUGCAUCAAGUAAUGUUGAGCAUUUGUAUAAAGAAGUUGAGCGCUUGAAUAAACUAUUGGAGAAAUGUAAAGAAGAGUUACGAGAAGCUAAUCAGGAUGCCGCCAUUGCAAAACAACGCCGUGAUUGGGCUUUCAGUGAACGUGACAAGAUUGUUUUAGAACGUGAAAGUGUCAGAAAAAUGUGUGAUAAGUUGAGGCGACAGAGGGACCGGGCAGUUAGCGAGCUGGGGGAAUCUCUCCGAGAUUCUGAUGAUGUGCAAAGACAGCGUAGUGAUGCAAUGAAGGAACUUAGAGUUAUCAAAGAAAAGCUUCAAAUACAGGAAGAGAAGCAAUCACGGAUGAGUUUGACUCACUUAGUGGCACACCAUAGUCGUGAUUCAGCCAUUGAUGCAGAUUCUACCGAAUGGGAAACGGAAACUGUAGAGCUUGAGUGUCAAAAGGAGGAUGUCAGUGAUUUUGGUUUUGAGAUUGGUAAUGCCAAGGAGAAUCCGCAAAGUCCAGAUGAUUGUUCAAUCUAUGUGAGUCGAGUUGAUAAAGGCAGUAUUGCUGAUGGUAGACUUCGAGUGAAUGAUUGCUUGAUGAAAGUCAACGAUGUUGAUCUAACCAAUGUGGACCCAAGUUUUGCUAUUAAAGCCGUUAAGAGUGGAGGCGGUGUGCUAAAUAUGGUGAUCAAGAGAAGGAGGCCCUCUAGUGGUAAAGCACUGCAGUCCAUCCAUCUGAAUUUGACUGGUAGAAAGGACAUUGGCCUCUCAUUAGAGCAGGGCAUUUUCAUUAGUCGUGUUGCUCCAAAUUCAGUGGCAGCUCAAGGCAAUCUAACUGUAGGGGACAGAGUAAUUUAUGUAAAUGGUUCACCAAUAGAAAACAAAACAGCAUCUGAUGUUGAAAAGCUGCUUGAAAGUACAGGAGACUCCAUUGCAUUAUCUAUUCUCCGAAGUCCUACAACAUCUACUGUCAGUGGAAACAGUAUGUUUGAUUCUCUCCACGACAAAGACUCAGACUCUACAAAAUCUAACUUGCAGUAUUCGUCUUCUCAUGGUGAGAUUAUGGAGGAGAUAAAGACGCAGCUCCAGAAUGUCAAAAACAUGUGUGUGCAGACAGACAAUGGAAUUGUUCCAACACUUCAAAAUGGUGCAUACUGUGAAUACUUAAAUCAUGAAUCCCACUCAUCUCGUGCACUUCCAGCAGAACCAGAGGUGACAGUUAUUUCACGACCCAAAGAGAGUCCAAAAUACCGUGAUCCCCCUGUGUUUCGCGUUCCGCCACCGCCAAUUGAGUCACCAGACGACGACAACAAAUUAGCAUCAUUGCCACAAAUGAAAAAACACCCAAGUACAAGAUAUAAAAAAGCAUGGCCUAAGGAAAAAGAAAGCAGUGGAACUUGGCCAAAAUCUCGUGGAGCUCCUGAACUAUAUGAAGUAAAAGGGGGAGGGGUGUAUAUUAGCCACAGGAAGUCAAAAGAAAGGGUUACAAUUGCAAAUGGAUAUGAAUGGCGGAGGUACAUAGAAAUUCCAACCAAAGACAACAUUAAAGGUUCUGGGGAGAUACCUCCGAUUCCUCCUGAUAGAAUUUCAUCACUGAACCAUUCAUCAUUUAAUAAACACAGUCGACAGUCAUCAACGCAUUCUUCUGAUUCAGCUAGUACCAUUGUUGCUGAUAGUAUAACGCCAAAACAUACACCGACACCCUCAGGUGCAUCUACAAUAACAAUGACAUCCAAUCACCUACAUGCUGUACCUCCCCAAAACAAUGGCAAUGAAUACAAACAUUUUCCGACUCUUUCCACCCCAGAUACAACUAUGGAUUACUCGGUUGUUUCAGCCAGUGAUAUUAAUGAAGAUCCACGACCAAAGUCUGCACCUUUGAAAAGAAAAGAAAACCAUCCACACACUGUCAGAGCAGAAAUGAUUCAGAAGCCAACAACAUUGGACAUUGCUAAACCUAACAUUUACAAACCUGUGGUAUCCCCUUUGGUGAACUCUGACUCUUCUCUUACGGUGUGUCGUGCCGAGGCUAAAAUAUCUCCCAGUCCUGUUUAUGUAAACGGUACUCAGAUACGCACUUCACCACAUUCAUACCCAAUAGAAACCCAUGCUACAACAACUGUGGUUACUUUUAAAGAUGUGCCUUUUUUCACAGCAAAAAGUAAGAACAUAGAGCGCAAUGAUGGACCAGCUAUCGCCAGUAAACCGCCAACACCACGUUUUUUAAAUCAUUCUUCAAGUCCGCGAUCUUCGAUAACACCACAGGAUAUUGAUCGCAAACGACGAACAAGUCCAUGCCCGGAGACACAUUCAGAUGGUUACAUUUCAAGCCCUAAUACUUCUCGUCGUGAAUUGAACCAGAGUCUAGAUUUUACGCGCAGGUCGCCAAUUCACAGCCCACUUAGAAACUCACCUCAUAGUUUUGAAAUGAGAGAUGGCCAUCAGUCACUGCCUUACUAUUCUCGGAUCAAAAUCCCAUCGGCCUCUCGGGUGAGUCCGGGCCCCCAUUCCAGUACUGGCUCCAUUGAGCAGGUUUCCAUAUCUGACAGAAGCAGCCCGAUUUCUCCAACCAUUCCUGAACAUUCAGUACCUUCCACUAGUUCAGAUGGAUCACUUUCUAGAUUGUCAAUCCACAGUAUCCAAUUCAGUGCCAAGGCAGACAGGACCGAGUACAAUGGUAUUAAUUUACGCUGUGCAACAUACGGCCAAGCAGCAAACAUACUACGCUUGGGCGGAGAUAGUAUCAAUAUCUUAGCACAGUAUAACCCAAAAAAAAUGGAAGAUGAUACAGAUUCCAGCUGUUCUAGCGUGAAUUCCACACUAACACCAACCCCACAAAGUACAGCAACCAAUUCACCGACUACAAGUCACUCACAAAUGGACAUGUCAUUCAUGUCAGAAACAGGAACAAUGACGCCUCCGACUCCGCGAGCAAGCAUUUGUUCAAGUGCCCGUAGUCAUGAUCAGGAUAUGAUGUCAAGUGGAAUGUCAUUAUGUGAACCGCCGCGAUUUAUAAACUGGAUUAAAAUGAUUACAACUUUCAUAGAUCAGAUGAAAUAUGGUAGUUUCCCAUCUCUCUUUAGAGGGUCUAUGGUUGCAAUGAAGUUUGGAACUGAUGACCAGAGCAGAUUGGGGGACCUAAUUUGGUUAACAAUGAUAGGCCAGGGGUAA